AUGCAUUCCUUCGUGAUGCUCCGGCUAUGUCUUAACUGCUUUAUAUUUCCUUUUAUUCUGUCCCCCGGUCCACUGAUGUAUGGGUUUCAGUUUUACCAGGAUGCUAGCAAGGACGAAGAGCGAUGGGCGUUCUCUCUCUUAUAUCUAUAUCAUCUAGAUGGCCGUGAAUCGUACAAUGUAUCUUUUUUAGCAUCCGAGUCAGUGGAAUCAAACCAACAUCUUUCACCCAGUCUACUUUUGGGGCAUCGUUCGGAUUCAACCUUGGUCGACUCAGCAACGAACUACAUCCAGUGACCCAGGUUCCAGCUACUCUUCAAGGUCGUAUGAGCAGAAUCCAUCCACACAAUUAAGAACAUUACUGCAGCAAUCCAAACGGGUUGUGCACGGCUGCAUUGGCUGACUGCAUGCGCUGACAGAUACAGAUGCUGUUAAAGCAACAAUAGCGGCAAGGAUGGAGAAGCGCAUUUUCUGUACAGGAUGAUAAAGGAUCUGAUCUCGAAUGAUAACUCUUAG